GACGAGAUGGGGCUGGGCAAGACCUUCCAGGUGAUUGCCUUCCUCGCCUACCUCAAGAACGAGUGCAACGUCAACGGGCCGAGCCUCGUCGUCGCGCCCCUCUCCGUGCUCACGUCUUGGGUCAACGAGUUCAAGCGGUUCGUCCCCUCGAUGCGCGUCAUCCGGCUGCACUCGGCGGACCAGCGCGAGCGCGAGCUGAUGCGCACCGAGCUGCUGUCCGACGUCUCGAGCUUCGACGUCGUCGUCACCACCUACGAGAUGGCGGCGUCGCAAAACAUGAAGACGGUGCUCACGCACCGCAUCCAGUGGCGCUACCUCGUCCUCGACGAGGGGCACCGCAUCAAGAACGAGCGCACCGCGCUGUACGACCGGCUGCGCAGCGUCAAGGCGCAGCGCAAGCUGCUGCUCACCGGCACGCCCCUCCAAAACAACCUGCACGAGCUCUGGGCGCUGAUGCACUUUUUGCACCCGGAGCUCUUUUACGACUCGGCCGUGUUUGACGACGCCUUCGACCUCGGCCGCGGCCAGAUCGACGAGGCGGCGAUCAGCAAGUGCGGCCAGCUGCUCUCCGCCUUCAUGCUGCGCCGCCUCAAGCGUGAGGUGCUGCAGUCGCUGCCCGCAAAGACGGAGGCGCUGGUGUACGUGCCCAUGUCGGCGACGCAGUGCGAGCUCUCGCGCCAGCUGCUGCUCUCGGGGGCGAAGGUGCUCGCGCGGAUGCAGCAGUCGACGGAGGAGGGGCGCGAGGAGUCGGGCGCCGUGAGCAAGGACUGGACGGCGAUGCAGUCGCUGCUCCUGUCGCUGCGCAAGUGCUGCUCGCACCCGCAGCUGUUCGGCUCGUGGAUGGGCGAGGUCGCCUCCAAGUGCGGCGAGGACCUGGUCUCCUCUUCGGGCAAGCUCGCGACGCUCAACGGCCUGCUCGACGAGCUGCUGCCGCAGGGCCACCGCGUCGUCCUCUUCUCUGGCUGGACGUCGAUGCUCGACCUCAUCGAGGAGUUCCUCAAGGCGCGAGGCACGCUCUUCGCGCGCCUCGACGGCUCGACAAACCGCGUGCAGCGCGCCAUCGACAUCAAGGCGUUCAACGCGCCCUCCUCCAAGCUCUCCGUCUUCCUCUGCUCUACGCGCGCGGGCGGGCUCGGCAUCACGCUCACCUCGGCCGACACCGUCGUGCUGUACGACUCGGACUUCAACCCGCAGGCCGACCUGCAGGCGAUGGACCGCGUGCACCGGAUCGGGCAGACCAGGCCGGUCACUGUCUUCCGGCUCAUCACGCACGGCACGGUCGAGGAGCGCAUCGUUCGCCGCGCGCGCGACAAGCUCUACCUGAUGCAGCAGACGAUGGCGGGCGCCGGCGAGACGGCCGCCGACGUGCCUGCGGGCGAGGCGGGAGAGACGCACGCCGCGCCAGCUUCGUCAAAGGUGUCGCGCGCAGAGGUGAUCCACAUGCUGCAGUUCGGCGUCGCGGGCGCGCUCGCGGCGCAGCAGGAGGGCGAGACGGGCGUCACUCCGCCGCUCGUGCGCGCGAUGCUCGACGAGGUCGCCAGAGGCGCCGCCGCGAGGCAGCCGCAAGUGACGGUCGGCAUCGGCGGGC